AUGGCGGAGGAGAUGAUCGACGUCGCGCUCGAGAGCGAGCGCGGCGUCCCACCGUCAACCACGGGCGCGGAGAUGCCGACACCCACGCUCGCGGGCCCGUCGCGUCGCUCCUUGGACGGUGCCGAUGAUCACGUUGAUAAUUACGACGCCGCGCCGGGCGAGACCCCCGAGGCGGCCGCGGGGGACGAGCGCGAUGACGUCCCUCUGAUGGCUCGCGCGUCGUCGUCGUCCGGAAACGGCAUCGGCACCGGCACCGGCGUCGGCGGCGGCAUGGUCGCCCUGGAGCUCUCCUCGCACGGCGACGGCGCGCUCGGAGACGCGGUCCUGGACGAUUCGCAGUGGCGAUGGAGGCACACGGUGUCGUACUGGGUGUGCGUGUGCUUCAUCCUCGGGUCGCUGCUGUUCGUCUCCGGGUGCGCGUUCUGGUACAAGAAGUACGAGUACGAAGCUAGAGAGCGCGCGCUCGUGACGUACCCGUUCCUCGCCGGCGCGUGCUGCUUCACGUGCGGGUCCUACCUCGGCGUGUUCACCGCCGUCAACCUCGGUCGGAACGGAAAGAGCGUGAUGUGGGAGUGGGCGCCGCACAAGGACGGGUUCUUAGGGUACCUGUGCUACCUCAUCGGCGCGCUCGUGUUUAACAUAUCGUGCAUCGAACCCCUGGACGCGUUCUCGGACCUCCCUUCGUGGAUGAAGCGCGAGAUGGCGUGGGGCGCCGCGGAGGUCGGGUCGUUCUUUUUCAUCCUCGGCGCCGCCGUGGAGGUGAAACGCAACGGCGUGUCCGACGUUCGAGCCGCGAUCGAGGACGGGACGUGGAUGACGCUGCCGUUUUGGGUGUCAUGGAACAACCUCUUCGGCGGGUGCUUCUUCUUCAUCGCCGCGGUCGCGGGCAGGUUCGACCCGACGUCUCCGGGGUGGGUGUACACGACGUACCUUAUAGGUUCGAUGAAUUUCUUCGUCGCGUCGUCGCUGAUGAUGUACAUGUGGAAGGGCGAGCAGUACGGCCUGGGGUUCAUACCUUCGAUCAACCGCGUGUUACCUAUCCGCGGGUACGUCCGCGAGGGCGACGACGGCGACGGCAAGGAGUACCGGAAAGUCAGCGUCGUGCAAUAUUGUUUCCUUCAGGCGUACAUAGCGUUGACGGCGGCGUCGUUCGUGGACUUUUGCUUCGCCACGCAAGGCGGGUUCACCGCGUACGAGAAGUACGACGGCGUCGCGCGGUGGCACGAGGUGAUCGCAUCGUUGAUGGGGCUGUACCUCUCCGCGGGUCUGCUGUUCAUGGCGAGCGUGUUGCACCACGCCCCGCGGGUGCAGCCGUUCGAUAAGCUCCUGUGGUGGGCGCAGGCGUUCGCGGUGGCGAAGCUCGCGCAGAUCACGGUGAGCGUGUCGAUCUCGUACAACGCGGAGGCGUAG